AUGCCAAGGAAACAAAAAUUCACAGAAACAAUUCCACUGCUACCUAAAAGAAAAGCAGGCAUAUUAUCAAAUUUACCAACGAUGGAAAUACCUCAACGCGGUAUACAAAUUCAACAGAGAUGGGUGUUUGCAAUCAUGGGAUUCCUUGCAAUCUUCAACGCCUACACAAUGCGAGUCUGUUUGUCAAUAACAAUAACCGAGAUGGUGGUGUCAGAGCAUAAAAAUACAUCUACUGUAAUUGACGAUGACGUUUGUUCAAACGAAAAUCACCAACAAGAUCCACCUGUAAAUUCAACCAGCGGAUCUUAUCAUUGGGAUGAAUCGCUUCAAGGUAUCAUUCUCUCCUCAUUUUACUGGGGGUAUGUAAUAACUCACAUUCCCGGUGGAAUGUUAGCCGAAAAAUUUGGCGGAAAAUAUUCCUUGGGUCUUGGAAUUUUAUCCACGGCAAUAUUCACCCUGCUGACACCGCUGGCAGUUGAUAUUGGCGGAGCAACAGCGCUGAUAAUCCUGCGAGUUCUUAUGGGCCUGGGAGAAGGAACAACCUUUCCAGCAUUGAACGCGAUGUUGGCUCAGUGGACCCCACCUGAAGAGCGUUCUAAAAUAGGAUCACUUGUGUUUGCUGGUGCAUUGCUGGGAACAGUCUUCACCACUUCAAUAUCUGGCCUGAUAAUGCACUACUCAACAGUUGGUUGGCCAGCAGUAUUUUAUGUUUUCGGUAGCAUCGGAGUUCUCUGGUUCUUCGUGUGGGUCCUAGUGUGCUACAACAACCCCAGCGAGCAUCCCUUCAUAUCAGAGAAUGAACGGAAGUUUCUUCAUGAACGAAUGAGCGCUCAUACUCACAAAAAACCACCAGCAGUACCAUGGCGUCACGUUUUAACUUCAGCGCCCGUUUGGGCUUUGAUAACAGCCCAAAUUGGGCAUGAUUGGGGCUUCUUCACCAUGGUCACUGAUCUUCCUAAGUACAUGAGCAGUGUGUUAAAAUUUUCAAUAAAAAGCAACGGGUACUUGUCAUCUCUGCCUUAUCUGAGCAUGUGGAUCUGCAGUAUUUUGAGUUCUUGGUUCGCGGACUGGAUCAUCACUGCCGGACACCUUUCUCGAACAAAUGUUCGGAAAAUUGGAACAACCAUCGCUUCGGUAGGACCUGGUGUUUUUAUUGUAGCAGCUUCUUAUGCUGGAUGUGAUGGAUACACAGUUGUAGCGAUGUUCACUAUCGGUAUGACGCUCAUGGGGACUUUCUAUCCUGGCAUGAAGGUCAAUGCACUUGAUCUCAGUCCAAAUUACUCUGGUACCUUAAUGGCGGUGGUAAAUGGUGUUGGAGCUUUUACUGGUAUCAUUACACCAAUUGUUGUCGGUGAAUUAACGCCCAAUAACACAAACGCACAGUGGCGAUUAGUCUUUUGGAUUGUUUUCAUUGUUCUUGUAAUAACAAAUAUGGUAUUUAUUUUAUACGCUAGUGGAGAAGUACAACAUUGGAAUAAUCCGGAGUUCAUACGUGCUGAUCGAGCUAAAAGGCGGAAGAAGCAGGAAGGAGAGAUUGACUCACGAUCUCCCUGCUGA